GCGUGUUUGGUGGCUGGAUCGCCAUUGCGCUGUGGGCUCGGGAGGACGAUGCCGAAUCGUUCCACGACGUCCUGGUGAGCUACUCGACAGCUGGAGGGGGCGGCACUUUGCUGUCCAGGCUCUUGAACCCACUGGUGAUCUCCUUGGGCUUGCUGCUGUUCGAACGUCGGCACUUGCUGCAACGGGACAGCAGGGUCAUCGUCGGAACGGCCUUACUUGCAGCAGUGGCCGGCCUCUUCGGCACCGCUCUGCUCGGCCGAGUUCUGGCCUUGCCGAAGGGCUUUGCGCACUCGGCUACACCACGCUUCUGCACGACCGCGCUCGCUUUGACG